UUUAGAAUUAUCACGUGGUACAUAAUACACAACUACGGCCAUAUUGGUUACUGCAUUCGUGUUCAAGCUAAUAAGAAAGUUAGAAAAUAGCAAAGGUUAAAUAGAAAUGGCAGAUACAUUGAAUUUUGGUCCUGAGUGGCUCAGAGCCCUAUCAGAUGGAAAUAAUCCUGGCACUCCGCCCCCUUCACCGGGAAUCAUCGGAAAGUACAAGCUAGCAGAUUACCGUUAUGGCAAAGAAGAAAUGCUAGCCCUCAACAAUCCAAACCACACAGAGCCUCUAGAGGAAAUAAAGAAAUUCACAUAUAUAUAUGUUGAGAAGCCACAGGAGCCCAUCACCAUGCAGUCUCUAUCAGAGGAAGAGCAGCGUUUAAUGUCUCAGUCUGUUAACAGCACAGCAGUACUACGAAUGUUUGGAAGAGGGGGUCCUCCUGGAGUCAGGGGUGGAAGAGGUGGUAUAGAGAGAGGCAGAGGACGAGGUCGGGGACGAGGUGAAAGUGGUUUUCUACAGAGAGGUAUGUCAGCAGAGGAGGGAGGGGGAUUUGGCAGACCUCCUACUCACUCAAGAUCAGAUGGCUGGGAAGAAGUUGGUGCAAAGAGAAACUACAAUCCACGGUUUGAUGAAGAAGGAGGACCACCGCAGAGACAAUUUCACAGAUCAUUAAGUAACGAGAACUGGAGAGACCGGGGAGGGGAGCAUGAGGAGGAAGAUGGUGACUGGAGAAAAGCAGGGUCUAAAUGGAACACAAGAGGUAACUGGCGAGAACCAAUCAAUCGAGGAGAUAGGGGAGGCUUUGACGAGAGACCACAGCCUAAUGGUUUACCUAGGGCAGGCUUUGAUAAAGGGAGACAAUACCAAAGAAAUCGUAUCAGUGAAUCAUGGGAUGAAGAUGUAGAUAAUAUGCCAGAAUGGAGUAUGCCUGACACAACAGGAGACGAUGUUGGAACAUUUGAUUCAAGUGGUGCUUUUGUGUCUACAAAGAAAAAACCUGGUGAAAAGGGAAGUGAAAAUCAUGAAAGAAGAGAACCUCAUACAGAAACCAGUGAAAAGAAAGACAAUGUAAAACAUAAAUCACCAGACAAACAGAAAGUAGAGACAGACAAAGUGAAAAGACCUCCACCAAAUCUUGAAAACAGACAAAAUAAAAGUGAAAAUGCUUCUAAAAGAACAUUGGAACCCCGUGAAAACAAGACAGUGACUUCAGAAUCACCAGGUCAAAGUUCAAAACCUGUAAAUAGUAGACAGAAGGAAAAUAAUAAUGAGGUGAAAGUGUCUAAGGAAAAUAAUAGUGCUCAAAAUGAUUUUUCAAAGAGUGAAGUGACGAUGAAAAAUGAAGAGACUAAUGUAAGUUUGAAGAAGGAAAAAGUCGAGGCAGAGACACUAGCCCGGCUGCAGGCAGCUGCCGAAAAUGUGGUGUUGUCAGCCAUGACGGCAGAGGAUGAUGAUAAAGAGAAGAUGGUUCCUCGGCCAGCCAAAGAUUCUACAGCAUUACCGUCAGAUCAUGAAGAUGCACUAAAAUGGUUUUAUAAAGAUCCUCAGGGAGAUAUGCAAGGUCCUUUUACACCAAAUGAAAUGGCUGAAUGGUUUAGUGCUGGAUAUUUUACCAUGAAUUUACAAGUGAAAAGAGGCAUUGAUGAAAAAAUAUCUCCUUUAGGAGAACUGAUAAAAAGUUGGGGCAGAGUGCCAUUUUUACCUGGUCCAUCACCACCUCCAGCAUUAAAUACCCCAACAAGUCAAGCUACCGCUGACCAACAAGAACAGAUGAAGGCCUUACAACAGAUGCUUGUCCAACAACAAAUGAUGCAGCAACAGUUCUUAAUGAGACAAUUACAGAUGCAACAAAUUCAACAGGUGAUGCAGCAACUGCAGGAAAAUGAUCAGUUUAAAAACCUGCCACCAUUACAACAGCAACAGCUGGCCAUGCAACUAAUGUUAAAACAAUCACCGGUCCCCAUCAUACCCCCACAGACACAGAUGCAGAAUUUAUCACCCAGUAGAUCUCCGCCAACAGAAUCAGUCUCACCCUCCAAUCCUAGUCAUCCAGCAUUUCAUAGAUCUGCAUCACAACCAAACACAGCAUCAGAAGAGUCAAUAUGGGACACAACUACCAAACAAAAUAUGGGACAAUGGUCACAGCCAACAAGUGUAUGGGAUUUAGAUUCUAAAGCAGCUAUGACUAAUACAGACUUAGAGAUGCAGAUAGAAAAAGCUAGAAAAGAAAAGGAAGAAUUAGACAGAAUAAGACAAGAAAAAGAUGAAGAAGAGCGAAGAAUACAAGACGAAUUAAAAAGACAUCAAGAAGAAAUAAUAAAACAACAGGAAGAGCUACGCAGACAAAAAGAAGAUGUGGAGCGACAGAAAAUAGAAAUAGAAAAACAAAGGCAGCUAGAAUUACAGAGAUUUGAAGAAGUGAGAAGACAGAACCAGGAAGAAGAGGAAAGAAAAAGGAGGGAAGUAGAGGAGGAAGAAAGAAGAAGAAAAGAAGACCAAAUGAGAAAAGAGGAACAAAUGAGACAAAAACAAGAAGAAGCAGUUCGAAGGAAAAGGGAGGAAGAUAUGAGAAGAGAAGAGGAGAUGAGACAACAACAGAGACAGAUGAUGGAACAACAGCAUAAACAAAGGGAGAUAGAGGAACAACAAAAACAACAACAGGAAAUGCAAAGACGACAGGAGGAGGCAAGACAACAACAGGAAUUGCAUAGACAGAAACAACAACAAGAGGCCCUCAAGAGGUUACAACAGGAACAGAUGGCAAAUAUACAGUUACCACAACAUGCACAAUGGGCCAGUCAGCAGCAACAACAGAGUUUAGAACAACAAAGAGCUAAAUCACUGCUGGAAAUACAGGAGCAAGAAGAAAUAGAAAGACAAAGACAAGAGGAGGUACAAAGACAGAUGGAGGCACAGAGACAACAACAACAGGCCAUAUUACAACAGCAACAACAACAAAAGUCAUGGUCAGGACAAAUAUUUCCAACUCAACAAAGUUCCAAAUCGUUAAUAGAAAUACAAGAGGAGCAAGCUCGGCAGCUAGAUAAGGAAAGACAACGAAAACAACAACAACAACAAACCCAAGCCAAAAAUCUAUCAAUAUCAGCAGCUAGUGCGUGGAAUGCCAGUGCACAGUCAUCACAUUGGGCCAGUGAGGGAGCGUGGGGUAACCAAGCUAGAAGUCAAAAUGGAUCAGGAUCGCUAGGAUUCUGGGAUGAUGCUAUUAUAUCUUCUAAAAGAGCACCGGCAUCAUCAAAUAAAAAUAUGCAAGGUAAUCCUACAGAAUUUCCAGCAUUAAAGGGAGGUAAGCCUGUAAACACACCUUCAGUGCCUGUAGCCAAGCCACAAAAACAAUCAAAGAUGAAGAAAGAGGAGGAGGCUGUACAAAGGUUGUUUAAACAACCAAAACCUCAGGAAGACGGAUUCUCUAAUUGGUGUGAGAUAGCUCUUAAAAGAUUGGAUACUUCAGUAGAUAUUCCAACUUUUGUAGCCUUUUUGUCAGAGGUUGAAUCUCCUUAUGAGGUUCAUGAUUAUGUAAGAUCAUAUCUCGGUGAAAGUAAAUCUUCUAAGGACUUUGCCAAACAGUUCCUGGAAAAGAGAAGCCAAACUCGUAAUAAGGCAAAGCCACCAGUUGUUGAGGAGAGCAUAUGGGGACCUGCACCAGCCCGCGAUUAUCGACAACAAACCAACCAAACGUCAGAUGCUGACUCUCAGAAGAAUAAAGGAGGAAAGAAAAAGAAGAAGAUGAUGAAAUUAGACAGUAGUAUUUUAGGAUUCACUGUUAGCGCCGAUCCUGAACGUAAGAACGUUGGAGAGAUGGAGGACGACGGAAAAUGAGAGUCAAGAUUUUAAUGUCAGCAGUGUUAUUUUAUCAACUUAAGACAAUGUUUUUUGUAAUUGUUGAUAUUUUGUUAUGGUUGGUCUUAAUUGUUGGGUUUUGGUCGCAUUACACAGUUUCCAAUAGCUUCAACACACAAGUGUGGGCGUGGCUUUGUCUCCAGCCCCUCCUGUAGAUGUGAGGCGUGCCGGCCCAUUUGGCCUAUGUUAGAGUAUAUUUUUAAAGAAGAUGAUGAAAAAGUGAAGGAAAAGAUUUUAAGAAAAUCAGAUCUCUAAUUAUGAAGUUUUGAAAAAGAAUGGGGAAAAACUAAUAGUGCUUAACAAACAUUGCUUUAGGUGGCAGCUCUGGGUUAAGGGAAAUAACUCUUUAAAUUAUUACGUUUUGUAGAAGGCAGAGUUAUCAGUGCUAUUUAAGCAUUUUUUGAUACAAAAUUAAAAUGAUCUAUUUGAUUUGGAAGCUUAAAAUGUAUUUAUGAAAUUUUUUAUCACAAGUGUGAAAUUGAUAAAUUUUAAAGAGUUAUUGCCCUUAAUUUAGAUCAACCACCUGAAUAUCGAAUGCAGUAUUACAUGACAAACCAAAUUGAAUAUUUUAACAGCACAGUGAUGUUUUUAAAUCAUGUCAACUGAUUUCAGCUUUUUUUUUUUUAUUGAAACCUGUUUUACAAUUUAAUGAAAAAAAGUUUUUCAUUUGAUAGCAUUACAAAUUAUUUUUUAUUCAAACAUGUUUUACAAUAUUAUAACAAGAAGAACUUCAUGGAAUUAAACUAAGAAUUUCAACUUUUUUUUAUUCAAACAUUUUUUACAGUUCAAAGAGAAGAUGAAAAAGUAAAUAUAUAAAACUAUUACUUUUAAAAGGAAUGCAUUUUACAAACAAAAAAACAAUCAAGUGAUAGAAUUGAAAACAAACUAUAUAUGCAAAAUGCACAAUAUUGUUAUUAUUAUUUUUAUCUAAUUAUGUGAUCUCAAUAAAACUAAUUUAAAUUUUAGAGGAAUCAAAAAUAUUCUUUUAUUCUGGUAAAUAUUUCAAUAUAGUUUAGUUCCUAGUGAUUUUUAAUGAAUGUCUAUAAAAUAAUAUGCCUCGUGAAUUGUUCAUGUUAGAAUUUUUUAUGGAAACUUAUGAAUCAUGGAAAACAACAUUGCUCUAGGUUAGAUUUGAACAUUUUCAUUGUACUAACAAAAUUGCACACAUGCAAGACAUAUCCCUGUGUCAAAAGUUAAUUUUAUAACAUACAAUUAUUUUUUAUGAAACUUGUACAUUAAGAAAGAAAAAAAAUGCAUUGCAUAUUUUUAAAACCCAACAUGUGAUGUGUUAUAACAGGAUAUUAGUUGUAUUUUUGAUCAGCCGUUUAUUUAUUUGUAAAACGAAUAUCUAGAUCACAAAUUUUAAAUCUUAAGUCUUGAUGUAUUGAUGAAAAAAGGGCUUAUCUCUAUGAAAGAACUGUUGAACUGUUAUUUACAUAUAACUUUGAAAAUCAAAAUUUUAUCAAAUUUUUACCAAAGGAAUUCAAAAUAUUAUUUUCAAAAUCAAAAUAUAUACUUAAUAUUUGUUUUCGUUUUUUUAAUUUUGAACUUUCAGGCAACAUUUUAUUACAAAGAAUGAAUUAUUGAAGAUGACCGCUUAAAAUUUAAAAGCUUUCUUUAUUAAACAAAUGUAAAAGAGGAAUAUGGAAAAAAAGUAAACGGACAUGAAAAAACAUUUUUUCAGUAUCCAUCAGGAAUUUUUACGUUUUGUUUUACGAUCUUUCUACGAAAUUAUUUUAAACUUUCAAAUCAUUUUUUGGCAGCAUUAUUUGCCUAAUUAAAGAUUGUAAUUAGUAUGGCAUGCCAUGCCAUGUCUCUCCAUUUGUCUUACUCAUAUCAGCGAUUAUUUUUUGGGGGAAGUUAUUAUAUAUAUUGGGCUACAUGGGAAAAAAAACCAACUUGGAAUUGGUAAAAAUUGAUUAAAAUGAAAUUUCUGAAAGGGCAUUUUAAGAUGUAUUUAGCUGAUAUCUAGAUAUUUUGUAGUAUACUUCUGUAAACAAGUUUUUUAGGGGGAGGGUAGAAUUUUGUGCCAGUUUAUACCAAAUAAGUGAGGUUUUGUGCAACUAUUGGGUUUUUAUCAGCUUAGGCUAAGCUUUCUCUCCAAGUUUCUUCCAGCAUAUUGUAGUCUGCUUUCUUAAAGGUCCUGAAUAUGCAUGAAAUAUUUGCCACUGAAUGUUAAGCAACUAACAAUCAAUCAAUCUACAUUCUGACGAAGUAUUUGCACAAUAUAUCUAGUACUGAAUUUUUUGUCAAUAGAACUUGUAAAUUUGAACGGUUAACCAGCUGAUAUUUUAGGUAUUGAAAAUAGAUAAUCAUGUACUUCUUUUCCAACUGGAUUUUUUUUUAUAAUAUUUGAAUCAUUAACUCCCUUAAACACAUUCUAUGAAAUUAAAGGCAACAUGUACUUAUUGACCUUAUGUGUAUGAGUAUGUAGAUAGAGAAAUGUGCCAGACUAAAUGGUCCUUAUUCCCUGAUUGGCCUUGUGUGUGUGUGUGUUUAUGUCUGUUUGUUGAUAAAUAUAUGAAUAUCGCUAAUCUUACUAUUUUAUCAAAUUGCAACUUUCACUAGAUUAACAAAAUAUUGAACUAAGUUUUCAAGUUUUAUUCCAUUAAAUUUAACAGUGUAGGAUUGGAAAGGCCUUCUAAAACCCCUCUUCUCCAAAAACCUAUUGUGCAUACGUUAAUUUGGCAUUCAACCAUAACUAACCAACACCCAAGUUUAAAAAUACCUACCUACCUUCCAAAAUUUAUUCUAAGUGAAUAGCCUUAACAUCGUGCGUCUCAUUUGAUUUUACAUGUAUAUUCAUUGAGAGAUAUCACACUGAGUUAAGUUUCCAUAUUGCAAAAUUCUCUAAAAAUUAAUGAAAGUACUGUAAAUUCAGAAAUUAUUGCGUGCAUUUAUUAUUGCGAUUUUUAUCAUUUUAGACUUAAAUGCGAUUUAAAUUUUUACGAUUUUGAGAAAAAUCCUGUUUAAUUCAUGUAAAAUAUUUUAAAAUGCGAGUUUAAAUUAUUGAGUUCACAACUCAGUUGCAUUUUUCGCAAUAAAUGAAUAAUAAAAACCUUGCAUUAAUUUCUGAAUUUACAGUAUCAAAAAUACCUUUAUACUAAGAAAUUCAUCAUUUUGAAGUAUUAUGUAUAUGUACUUAAAAAUUCAGCAUUGUAUUGUGAAAAUGAAGUACGUGUGUUUUGUAUAUGGUGUGUACAAAUGGAGAUAGAAUCUGGUAUGUAGAGCAAUUCAUGUGUGAAAUGCAUGUUGUAUGGGAAGGAGAGUAUGUGUACAGUAUGUGGAAUAAAGUGUGUAUGUAUAAAGUUAAAUGUGUAUAUGUGCUGUGAGAUGUGCAAGGUAAGGUCAACCAAUGUAAAUCUCGUUUGAAGGUUAAAAAAAAGUAUCGUAAAUUGAUCAGCGAAAAUUUAUUAAAUCAUGUUCAAUCCUUCCUUCUGCUGCGUAAUUUUUAACUUGUGGCCUUGUUUCAUUUUUUCCAAUGUUUGUUAUACAAUAUAAAUUAGCAAUGCAUGACAAAUCACAAUUGAAUUCAAUUUGAUUAAUUUUACAUUUCAGAACUUGAAUGAUUUAAAAAGCUAUUAACAUAUUACUUUAAUUUUAAAUCAGAUGUUUCAAUGAAAGUCUGAAAUUCUUAAUAUUUGAAGCAUGUUUAGCGCUAAUUGCAACUUAACCUUGUAUAUUUGGAUCAGAUGUGCUUGGAUAAUUUUUAUCAUGACAAAAAAAAUAUUUUUUUAUGAAUUCAAAUGAAUAUUGUUACUCCGUCUUAUUUUAUUCUGAUUUGAAUAUGACAUUUUAAGAACUUAUAUGGCACUGUUAUCAGGUUUUGAAAGGAAAAUUGAAAAUAGGAUAUAUUUCUCAUAUUGUUAAUGAAUACAGGACGUUUCUUUAAAGUAUAAACUAUGUUGAAAUUGUGAUAUAAAUAUGCAGGCUUUUGUGUACACGAAAGACUUGUCUCUAUUGAUAAAGCUGAAAAUUGUUGAAAAUAAAUAAAAGAAAUACCUAAACAUUGUUA